AAAGUGGUCUUAUAAUAUGAACUGUUCUACUACAGGUCAGAGAAGGUAAGUAACCAAGAUUGAGUUUAUAAUGUUUAAAAGUACUGCAUUGUGCUGUAAGUACUGCCUUAUUCAGCCUUUCUUCAAUGUUUGGUAAAACUUAAGGUUUUCAGAGUUCUCUGUUCAUGUCAUUGCUUAAAGAAGAUUAAAGCAUGGAUAUAGGUAGCAUCUUUAUCCUCGGCAUUUGUUUUACUUAUACUGUCUUUACACAUGGUAUUUCUUGAAUAGUAUAUUAUUAUUCCUUUCUAUGUGUAGGGUUCUUGUGUAUUUUAGAAUUCAUAACAUUACUGUUUGAAGGCUAAACUCAGUUAUCAAGUUUAUCACCUGAGUUUAUUCCAACUUCUGUUACUAAAUAAAAACUAAAUCAGUGAAGUGAACUAGUGAGCUUUUUAUUAAAAAGAGAUGGAGAUUAAUAGGGUAUUGUCUAGUAUUUUGAGCCUUCUUGAAAAAGAUAUAGAACUUUAUGAUUGGAAGUCACGGAUCUUUUUGGCUUAAGUAAAACUAUAAAGCUUGCUAGGAUCCUAAGGAAGUAGAAGAUACCGUCUUUGUGAGUGAUAGUUCAAUCAAUCCAGGAGUUAGAAAAUUAAAGUACAAUUACAGUACAUUCCCAAAGCAGUCUGCAAACAUGCAUGUGAUACAAGCAACGGAGCCCUAAAAGUUGGAGAAGUUUGUGGAGGAAGAGGUCCAUUAAAGGACGUAGAUUUUGAGUUGGUAGAGAACGUGAUUUACAAGCUUAGCAAGCUAAAUUAAGGUAUAGGCAUCUGAGGUGGGGGAAAUAAGGAGACUAAUGUAAUUAGGAAUCAUAUUAAAGAAUAGUGAAUUACAGGUACCAGGCUAAGGGGACAAAAUAGAGCUUGAUUUAUGGAGGGCUUUGAGUGACAGAUUGAGAAAUUUGAGGUGAUAGCUAUUGUAAAGCAUUGAAUAGGGAGACUAUUCAGAGCAGGUUGGAUUAAGAAUAGAGAAACUGACCAGGAGGCUAUCACAUUUAUUCAGAUGUAAAGGAUGGGCAUUAAGAAAAAUUAUUGUGGAAGAAAAUUGGCAAGUGGACUUGUUUACUGAAUAUAAGAGAAGAAAGAGUCAAAACAGGAGUAAGAAAAUAGUGUUGAUGAUCGGCAUAAGGAAUUUUGGGAGAGCAAAUUAUUGAGAGAUGUUCAGAAAGAAAAGUGAUUUUAGUUUUAUAAGUGUUGAGUUGAAGGAGAUGGUAGGGCACCUAAGGGAGUUGACCUUUGGGUACGUGGAGAAAUGAGACCAGAAUGCAUAUAAAAAGUAAAGGUGGAGAGAUUUGGAAGCCACCUUAAUAAAGAUCAAAGUUGAAACGUCAAAGUAGCUGCAUUGUUUUAAGGACAUAUUAAGGAGGCAGAGGCCCAAACAAGAACAUAGAAGAUGGAUGUAUUAAGGUAGUAAAAGGGAGAGGAUGAAGGACUAAGAAAACCAGGAGUGCAGUGUACUGAAAACAAGGAAAGAUAUUUUUAAAACUUGAUUUGCAGUUCUCUUUCUGAGAAGUGAGAGCUGGAUAUGACCAGAAGGAUGCCACAGGUAUCUUAGUAUGCAUUGAGGAUUUAAUGGUUGAUAGGUUAAAAAUGUCUGUAUGCUGAGGAAAAGAUCCCUUGUCCAUCAAAAUUGUUGCCUUGCAGUUGAGUUUAAGGGUGGUUUGGGAUAGAGGCAUUCAUUUCAGCUAGCAAUGCUCCAGUUUUUUCUCUUUUAGAGUGUGAGGAAAUCUAACAACAAAUAAUUAUUGGGUGAUAAUUCUAUUAUACUGCUUGACAUAGGGCUUUUUCUUUAUUCCCAAUGACAGAUCACUUUUUCUCUUGAUGUCUCCCUUCAGCUAGUUUUUACUCUUCCUAAUGUUGAGUUGAAAAAAAUUUCUGACCCCUUAUCUUUCUACCAAAAUUGGGAGAUGGAAAUGCCUUAGGAAUAUUGAUUUGAGUGAAUUUAAUGCAUUUUUUUCUGUGUAUUUACAGAUGGGGCAUGAAUGGGUUUGGUUGGAUUCUGAACAAGACUAUCCCAAUGACUCUGAGUUGAGCAACGAUUGCAGGUCACUCUUCAGCUCAUGGGACUCCAGUUUGGAUCUUGAUUUGGGCAGCUGGAGGGAAACUGAGGAGCCAGGGGCUGAGGAACUAGAGGAAAGCAGCCCAGGGAGAGAACCUCGUGAGCUGCUUGUGGGGGACAGUGGCAGUGAGGAAUCUCAGGAAGAGGCGGAGCAAGUCAGCCGCCAGAACCUCCUCCACUUUCUCUCUGAGGUAGUCUAUUUAAUGGAGCCGUUGUGCAUUAGCAGCAAAGAAUCAGGUGAAGGCUGCUGCCCUUCAUCUGGCACCAGACAACAAGAGGCGAGGGGAAUUGAAGCUACUGAAGGAGAGGGGGAGCCCUGCAAAGAGCCUGAAGAGCUUUCAGCCAAGGUAGACCCCUUGGUAACUGAGAAGUCAUUACUGGGAGAAAAUGGAAGGCCAGAGGUGGCUCCACCUCCCUCAGAUAUUUGGGCACUUCAGGAACAACCCACAGCGAGUGAAGAGGGGGAGGUUCAGCAAGAAUCCAAAGAGCAGGACCAGAGUGAAGGGUAUGUGUCAGAGAUGGAAGACCAGCGUUCUUCAGGUGAGUGUGAUGAUAGCUUCAGCAUCCAGGAGACUCCUCUGGUGGAUAUCCUUUUCAGCCAUGCUACCUCCUCAAAGCUGUCUGAUCUAGGCCAUAGUGACCCUGUUCAGGAUCACUUGCUAUUUAAGAAGACUCUCCUGCCAGUCUGGAAGAUGAUAGCCAGUCACAGGUUCAGCAGUCUGUUUCUGAAGCCUGUGUCAGAAAGGCAGGCCCCAGGAUACAAGGAUGUGGUGAAAAGACCCAUGGACUUAACUAGCCUGAAAAGGAACCUGUCUAAGGGACGUAUUCGCACCGUGGCUCAGUUCCAGAGGGACCUGAUGCUGAUGUUCCAGAACGCUGUGAUGUACAAUGACUCUGAUCAUCAGGUGUACCGUAUGGCUGUGGAGAUGCAGCGAGAAGUCUUGGAACAGAUUCAGGUGCUGAGUAUUUGGUUAGAUGAAAGAAGAGUCUUAAAUAGUCUGGAAUGAGAACUAACCAACCCCAUGGAUGAUGGAAAACCUGUUUUGCUAACUUGGAGCUGCUACCCUGAACUUUUCUGGAAUUUGGAUCUUUCAUUGAGACUCUGACCUAGAGAAGAUCCCAGUACUUGUUUACCACUUCUCUGUUUUCUUUUCCAAUAAGAAUAAUGCCUUAACUUACAACCAAAGAAUUAAAGGUGCCCGUGGACAUAAUAUAAAGAAAACACAGAAAGCUGAGAUUUGGGGUUAUGCCAUAUAUGUUGCCCAUGUCUUUGUUUCAUAGGCUUAAUUUAGAGGUAAAUAGAUGAAACUUCUUAUACUGCUCUUUAAAUAAAUGUUAUUUCACAAGUCAAA